AGACUUCAUUGACCUGACCACAAAGGACCACACCCCCAGAGCGAGGGGCGGGCGGCAUCUGAUCAUCCGUCAUCUUGGCGCCGUCACAAGGUGCUGAUAUGUGUACACCAUGAGCGGACUGGGGGAGAACUCCAUGGAGCCUCUGAGCUCAGAAAACCGGAAACGCAAGCUCUCCACUUGUGACCUACCUGGUCAGGGGUGUGAGAGGAAGAGACGGGAGCAGGAGAGCAAAUACAUCGAGGAGCUGGCGGAGCUGAUCUCCGCCAACCUCAGCGACAUCGACAGCUUCAACGUCAAACCAGACAAAUGUGCCAUCCUCAAAGAGACGGUGCGCCAGAUCCGUCAGAUCAAGGAGCAGGGUAAAGCUUCAUCCAACGAUGAUGAUGUUCAGAAGUCAGACGUGUCCUCAACCGGUCAGGGGGUCAUUGACAAGGAUCACCUAGGGCCUCUCCUGCUACAGGCGCUGGACGGCUUCCUGUUCGUGGUGAACCGGGAGGGCAGCAUCGUGUUCGUGUCCGACAACGUGACCCAGUACCUGCAGUACAAACAGGAGGAGCUCAUCAACACCAGCGCGUACAACAUUCUUCAUGAGGACGACAGGGAGGAGUUCCAUAAGAACCUACCCAAAACCAACAUAAAUGGGGUGUCGUGGGGAAGCGAAGCAGUCCGACAGAAGAGUCACACCUUCACUUGCCGGAUGCUGGUUAAAUUUGGCCACGCCCAUGGGCCAGUGGAGGAGGGGCCAGGAGGACCGCGCUACGAGACCAUGCAGUGUUUUGCUCUCACUCAACCAAAGGCCAUGAUUGAGGAGGGAGAAGACCUUCAGUCGUGUAUGAUAUGUGUUGCCCGUCGAGUCACAGCCAUGGAGAGAACGGAGAGUUUCAAUACCCGACAUGAGCUUUCGGGUAAACUGAUUCAGAUCGACCCGAACUCCCUGCGCGCCUCAAUGCGUCCGGGCUGGGAGGACUUGUUGAGGCGCUGCAUUCAGAUGUUCCUUCAGCACAGCGACGGGCAGCCCUGGUCGCACAAACGCCACUACCAUGAGGCCUUUCUCCAGGGUCAUGCCGAGACGCCCCUGUACCGCUUCUCUCUGUCUGACGGCACUCCGGUCACAGCCCAGACCAAGAGCAAACUGUACCGCCACCCCAUGAGCAACGAACCGCAGGGCUUCAUCUCCACGCACCUCCUGCAGAGGGAGCCGAACGGUUUCCGCUCUGCGCCGGGUAGUGGCAUGAUGUCCGGCGCCAUGCGACAACAGGGCAUGGGUGGCGCUAACCCCAACGCCCAAAUGAAUGUGAACACCGGCGGGGGGAUGGGAGGCAUGGGGAACAUGAACAGAGGUUUUGCCAUGAAUGAACAGGGCCACAUGGGUCACAUGGGAGGUGGCUCGAUGUAUGGCGGCAGCGCUGGAGGCGGCAGUGGAGGCGUGGGCAACCGCAUAAUGCCGAUGAAUCAGAUGGGCCAGAUGAAUCAGGUGGGGCACAUGAAUCAGAUGGGUCCAAUGAAUCACCCAGGCCAAGGCAUGCAGCAGCACCCGCAGCAGCCCCCGUUUCAGAGCAGUGGUGGGUUUGGGCUCAGUGGCAUUACCAGCCCGUCGGGAAGCCCCAGAAUGAGUGGACCCCAGCAGGGACUCUUAAUGUCACCCCGGAACCGGGGCAGCCCAAAGAUGGGCAGCAACCAGUUCUCCCCUGGAGGUAUACAUUCACCUAUGGGUGGUAUCAGUAGUGGUGGAGGAAGUGGAGCGAGCACCUCGACCUUCUCCAGCAGCUCUCUUAAUGCGCUACAAGCCAUCAGUGAAGGAGUAGGGAGCUCCCUCUCCUCUACUCUGACCUCGCCCUCACCAGCUCACAAACCAGACAGCUCUCCAAGCAUCCAUUCCUCCUCCUCUUCCUCCCAACCUGCUCAGCAGGCCAAACCUGGUCCAGAUGGCUCCAAAAGUCCAGCAGGAAGCUUAGGGUCUGGACCGGGUGACCAUCACCACCCGGCGGCGCACCAUCAUCACCAUCAUCCGCACCCGCAAGCCGAAAGUUCUGGAGAACGGCCCGACAGCCAGGCAGCUACAGCGGCUAAAGAGUGUGGGGAAGCAGGCAACGAGGCGGGGGCGGCGGGCUCAGAGCCAGCGCGCAGGGUGCCGGACAGUAAGGGCCAUAAGAAGUUGCUGCAGCUGUUAACCUCACCGACUGAGGAGCUGGGGAUGGGUGGCAGUGGGCCAGCGGGGCCCUCUGCAGCCCCCCCGCCAAACAGCAGCAGUACCCCGGCAGGUUCAGACAGUAAGGACCCCAUCGGAGGAAUGACCAGCCCCUCCUCCACCGGGGUGUCCUCAUCUUCUUCAGCCGGUGCCAGCUCGGGACAGGCAGCCGGUCAGGGCAGCGCGUCGGCAUCCAUCCCAUCAGCCCACUAUUCAGGCUCGUUGCAAGAGAAGCACAAGAUCCUCCACAAGCUGCUUCAAAAUGGCAACACUCCCGACGAAGUGGCUAAAAUCACAGCCGAGGCGACAGGAAAGGUGUCACUUGCGGGGCAGGAGGGUGCAGAGGCGGGAGCGGGGGGCUCAGGGGCCGCAUCGGGCCCUGGACUGAUUACAGAUCCCAAACAAGAGCAGCAUAGCCCCAAGAAGGAAAAAACCCAUGCCCUCCUCCAUUACCUCCUCAACAAGGACGAUUCCAAAGAGCCUGUGGAUGUGAAGCCCAAGCGUGAAGAGUUAGAGGGGAAAGGACUUCCGGGGACCGCUGGCGGCCCUUCACCUGAGCAUCCCGAGAACAAGAUCAAGUCUGAGCCACCAGAUGAUUUACACAACUUGGAGUCUAUCCUGGGAGAACUGAGGAGUUCAAGCUCUGACUUUUACCCUGAUCAGUCUGGUGGAGGUGGGGCUAACGACACAGGAAACAAACCACAGGGUUACCUUGACGACACCCUGCAGGUUUGUUCAGGGAGUCCAGCAUUGGGCCCAGGACAUCGAGGCCCCUUCCAGAGGGCCAUGUCCAUAGAAGGGAAGCCUCCUGGCGGGCCUGGGGCAGCAGGUAGACGUCCCAUGCUUAUCAAGCAGGAGAACAUGAUGGGCAGCCCAGACGGCUACGCAGGAAACAUGGGUCCAAUGAAUAGAGGUACAGUUCCCCAGAGGUCGCCUAUGGGCGGUUCAGCUGAUUGGGUCAUGCCCCGCUCCAGUGGCAGCCCCAUGGCGUCGGGAGGACACCCAUCCAUGCUGCGUCCAGGGAUGGAGUACAACAAUGGCAAGAGCAUGAUGUCAGGGCCCAUGGUCAGCCGCUCCAACAGCAUGCCGGGCCCCAGGUCCAUGCUGCAGCAACAGCUCAUGGAUAUGGGGGGAUCUGCUGACAUGGGCAUGGGUAUGAGCCCCUUCAACCCGCAGGGCCAGCCCAACCAGUCCCCCUCCUGGCCCGACACCAUGAUGGGCAUUGAGGGAAACAGACGCCAAUUUAGCAACACCCUGGAUGACCUUCUGGUGCCUCCCACCACCAGCGAGGGUCAAAGCGAUGAGCGGGCACUUCUGGACCAGCUGGAUUCACUGCUUAAUAACACGGACGGCAUCGCCUUGGAGGAGAUUGACCGAGCUCUGGGCAUCCCAGACCUCGUCAGCCAGACCCAUGGAGCAGAGCAGCAGCUGGAGCCUUUUCCAGGGCAGGACCCGUCCAUGUUGCUGGAGCAGAAGCCUCUCUAUGGGCAGGGCUAUCCUGGACCCCCCAGCAUGCCCAUGCAGUCCAACUACGGGGGGAACCCCAUGCAGGGGCAGGGCCAACAGGGGGGAUUCGGGCCAAUGCUGUCACAGAUGGGCCAAGGCGGCGGCUUCCCCGGUAUGGCUGGAAUGGGGGGCAUGGGGCAUCCUCGUGCCAACAUGAUGAGACCCAGGAUGAUGAGCGCCAACAAACCCAUGAGGCUGCAGCUGCAGCAGAGGCUGCAGGGACAACAGUUCAUUAAUCAGACGCGGCAGGGCAUGGCCAUGAAGAUGGAGAACCCCGGAGGGAACCCUGGCAUGAGGCCCGCCAUGCAGCCCGGCAUGGGAGGACAGCCGGGCUUCCUUAAUGCUCAGAUGAUGGCUCAGCGCAACAGAGAGGUGGUCACCAUGCAGAUGAGGCGGCAGCGCAUGAUGAUGCUGAUGCAGCAGCAGCAGCAGCAGGCGGCAGCGGCCGCCGCGGCGGCGGCUGCCGGGGGCUUCAGCCCCCCGCCCAACGUCACGGCUCCCGGCGGCAUGGACAGCCCUAUGGGGGGGCCGAGCAUGGGUCAGCCCGGGCCCCAGCAGUUCGGCUACGGCGGCAGCUACGGGAUGGGCCAGCAGGGCGACCCCUCUUUCGGCCCGUCAGGCAGCAGUCCUCCUAACACCAUGAUGCCCGGCCGCAUGGGGCCUCAAAACCCCAUGAUGCAACAGCAUCCCCAGGGGGGGCCCAUGUACCAGGGUACUGAUAUUAAAGGCUGGUCACAGGGAGGCAUGCCCCGCAACAGUUCAUACGCCCAGCAGCAGUUUGGCCAGCAGGGACCCCCGGGGGGGCAGCAGUUCGGGCAGCAGGGACCCCCGGGGCAGCAGCAGUUUGGGCAGCAGGGGAAUCCAGGGCAGUACGGCGGCAUGAUGAUGAACGGAGGCAUGGCGUCCAGCGGUGGAGGAGGUCACAUGGGCCAGAUGGGCGGGCAGAUGGGGAUGAAUCCACUGGUUAUGGGGCGCAUGCCAAUGGGGCCCGAUCAGAAGUACUGCUGA